UAUAUACAAGAUGUUGUUUACAAAUAUGACGACAAGGAAUUCAAAACUCAUUUCCGCAUUUCGCGGAGCCUUUUUAAUUCUUUGGCUAUAAAAUUUCAAAAUAGUACCGACUUUAUUGCACUGCGAGUAAGUGAGCUGAACAUUUCUCCAGAAGCUCAGGUUGCUGUUUUUUUAUGGUUUGCUGGUCACGAAGCAUGUUGUUUUAGAGAUUUAUCAGAUCGCUUUAAUCUUUCUUUAUCGUCAGUAAACCGAGUUAUAAGAAGGAUGAUAACUUUCUUUAGCAACAUGUGUCCACAUAUAAUUGCAUGGCCUAGCACAUCAAAAAAGGAAGAAGCAAGUACAUUUUUCCGAAGCUUAUGCAAUUUUCCAAAAGUUAUAUGUUGCCUAGAUGGCACUCGUAUAACUAUUGAUCCUCCUGGAGAUCGUAAGGACGACUACAUUGACAGAAAAGGAAAUAUUUCAUUAUGCUUGCAAGCCAUCUGUGAUGAAAACAGAAAAUUUAUUAGCAUAUUUGUCGGACAUCCAGGCUCCUGUCAUGACAGUUGGGUAUUACAAAACUCUCCUAUUUAUAUGCGACUACCAUCGAAGUGUGAAGAAGAAUCUGAAGAAGAUGUCUGA